AUGCCUAUCUACAAGAUCCAACACUCGUACCCGCUCACGCAGUACCAAAAGGCACAGCUGGCGGAGAAGAUCACGGUGCUGCACAGCACCGAGUUCCUGACCCCCUCGCUGUUCGUCAACGUGCACUACGUUCCCGGCGAGGCGGCCAGCGACUUCUUCCUGGCGGGCCAGCCGUACAACCGCGGACUGACGUCGCCGAACCGGAUCAUGGGCACGGUGCGAACGGGGCCCAAGCGCACCAAGGAGCGCUUCGACGCCUUCGCCCUGCGGCUCCAGGAGGCCUGGUACGAGGUCGUCAACGGGCCGAAGCAGGCGGGAGGCCCGACCAACGGUGGCGUGAACGGUCACAGUGGCGAGAUUAGCAAGGACGAGCGGUUGGCGCGCAAACUGCAUAUUGUCGGCUUCACGCCCGUCAUCGGCGGGCUCGAGAACGGCGUGCUUCUUCCCAGUGCCGACAACGAAGGCACAUGGCUCAAAGACAACAUCAGCUUCUUCAAGGAACAGGCGGAGGUCUACGACGACGAGCCAUUCCAGCAGCUGCUCAAGGAACUCAAGGAGAGACCCGACUUGAAGAAGCUGGUCGAGUAA